UCUCGUCUUGGCCCCCGACGCAAGAAACAAAGAAUGUCGAGGUGCGUGCGACAUUGCGACUUCUCCACCAUCAUCUUCUGAACCGGGGAUUAUCUGUCAACUCACUGAGAAUCUACUCCGGAAAUCCCAACUACAAGCAUGCCUGGCCGAGCACCAGGGAGGUCCACGCGGACCUCCACCGCCGUUUCUCACAAGUCGUCCGCCAUGGACGUCGAUUCUCGAGCCUCAUCCGCCUCCCCCGAUGCUCCAACCGAAGCCCCUGACAAUGCGCUUCGGCACCAGAUAUGCAAUAUCUUUCGAGACGCCCAAAAGAAUACCGCGUCGCACCGUAAACUUAUCGUCAGCCUCCGCAAGAUCCAGGAACAGUGCUGUUACGAGCCCGCGAACCCAAAAAAGGCCGACACGAACGUCUUCAACGAAACCACUUUCAAUAACGAAUUUGUGCGCUGUGCUUUGCGGGUUAUGCCAGUCAAGAAAACCGAGUCGGCCGGGGAGAAGGUCAUUCGCUUCAUCGGACUCUUCCUGAGACAUUCCAACGACAAGGAUAAUGAGCUUCUGGGAGACGUCGAGGAGGAUGCUAGUGUCAUGCCCGAGACCGCCGGAACGCGCCUCACGAGCCAGCUGAUGGAAACGAUUCUGCCUCUUCUCACAUCUAAAGACAAGUUCGUCAGAUACCGAUCAACCCAGUUAAUUUCUCACGUCGUUAAUUCCCUCGACGCCAUUGAUGAUGAGCUCUUCCAAAAGCUACGCCACGGCCUUCUCAGGCGAAUCCACGACAAGGAAGCCAUGGUCCGUUCGCAGGCCGUUCUCGGUCUCGGACGACUCGUCGGUAAUCAGGCAGAAGCUGGGGCCGAUCCCGACGACAGCGACGGGGACGACGCCGGGUUGCUCGAAAAGCUCCUCGAAGUCCUACAAAACGAUCCAAGCGCGGACGUAAGGAGGUCGCUCCUCGUCAACCUGCCCAUCCUCCCCAACACCCUCCCAUAUCUGCUGGAACGCGCCAGGGAUCAGGACGCCGCCACCCGGAGAGCCGUCUACUCGAGACUCUUGCCGGCUCUGGGCGAUUUUCGACAUUUGUCUCUGUCCAUGCGAGAGAAGCUCCUUCGAUGGGGCCUCCGCGAUCGAGAUGACAACGUCCGCAAGUCGGCAGGCCGGCUGUUCCGCGAACGGUGGAUCGAGGACUGCGCCGGCGUCCCGGCCACGGAUGAGGACGGCAAACCAGUGGAAUCUGCUCCCAACUUUGACGGCUUGCAAGAGCUUCUGGAAAGAAUCGACGUCGUCAAUUCGGGCGUCGAGAAUGGAGUGGCGCUCGAGGCGAUGAAUGGCUUUUGGGAGGGCCGGCCGGACUACCGGGACGCAGCGGUGUUUGAUGACCAGUUCUGGCUGACUCUGUCAGCCGAGUCCGUUUUUAUGGCCAGGAGCUUCAACGAAUUCUGCCGCAGCGAGGGGAACGGAAAGUACGAGUCUCUACUGGAGGUGAAGCUACCCGAGGUCACCAAGCUGGCAUUCUACCUUGAACGGUACAUCUCUGUUCUGAUUGAAGCGAUCAAGAGAGUGCAGGAGACCUCGGACGAGAACGAGGAGGACGAGGAGGAAGAUACGGUGGAGCAAGAGUUUAUCGUCGAACAGAUGCUUCAGAUCGCUCUGACCCUCGAUUACUCGGACGAAGUCGGCAGACGAAAGAUGUUCGCUCUCCUCCGCCAGUCCUUGUCGAUCCCGGAGCUCCCUGACGAAAUUACGAAACUCACCGUGAACGUUCUUCGCGAGAUUUGCGCGCCGGACCUGGCGGGCGAAAAAGAGUUCUGCAGCAUCGUCCUCGAAGCCGUAGCCGAUGUUCACGACACCAUCGCCGACGAUACCGCAGGGCCAGCAAACGAUGCCGACACCACCGAGGAUAGUUUUCAUUCCGCCAAGUCCGAGGUUUCUCUCGACGCACCUGCCAAGAAGGCUGCUGCUCGGGGUGCCAGUACAGAGGAGGACGAGGAGGAGGCCAGGCAGAAGGCGAUCAAGGAGAUCAUGAUCAACAUGAAGUGCCUGUACAUUGUCCAGUGCAUGCUCACCAACGUCGCCGGCGAUUUGCAGCAGAACGAUCACCUGGUUGCCAUGCUCAAUAACCUGGUGGUUCCCGCGGUUAGAAGCCACGAAGCGCCGGUGCGAGAGAGGGGACUGGUCUGCCUUGGCUUGUGCUCGCUGCUUGAUCGAUCGCUCGCCGAGGAGAACCUGGUUUUGUUCAUGCACUUCUUCGCAAAGGGCCACACGGCCUUGCAGAUCACCGCUCUGCAUAUCCUGACCGACAUCCUCAACGUCCAUGGUGCACAACUCCUGGCGACGACACCGACCCUGCUCAAGGUAUACCUCAAGGCUCUCAGGUCGGGAUCGAAGUCGCCCGAGGUCCAGGCAGCGGCUACGUUGGCGGCGUCCAAGCUGCUCCUCGGACGGGUUGUUACUGAUCCGGACGCUUCGUCGGAACUGCUCAAGACGCUGGUGGUCGCCUACUUUGACCCUUCCAGCGCGCACAACCAGAGCGUCAGGCAAGCGCUCAACUAUUUCCUACCCGUCUUCUGCUAUUCGCGCGCCGAGAACCAGGACUUGAUGCGAUCUGUCGCCUUGGAUGCCCUGCAUUCGCUGUACAACAUUCGGCAGAACCUGGAAGAUGAUGACGUUGACGUCGAGGAGGAUAUGCAGAACCUUGCCACCAUCGGCGCCUGCCUGGUGGACUGGACCGACCCGAGGAAAUGCUAUAGUCCCGACUCGGGACUGGAUUCGGAGAAGAGAUCCGUGAAUGGCGAUAUCCAUCUGUCUCUGGCCUUGGAUAUCCUGGAACGCCUUGGCGGAAAUAUGAGUAAAGAGGAGAAGAAAGUCGUUUCCCCUCUACUGGGCAAGCUAUACAUCUCCGCAUCCAGUUCCGAAGACAAGAUCCGAGAGGCGUACGAGGAGGUCACGAUCGCCGUGAAUGAUAAGCUAGUGACCGACACUGCGGGGAGGAACGCGUUGAACAAACUGCACCUCAGCCUAGGCAAGAUCAUCACGGCUCUCGGCGGCGGAACAGGAGGAGAAAGCCGUCGAGCCAGCCGAAGCGUGUCCGUCGCCGGGGAGGAGAGGUCGGAGGCUACGGACAGGACCAACCUCACGGAGACUACCACCAUCAAGGAGGAGGAUGAGAGCGUCGAGGGGACCGUCGUUCCGAGGGACGAGGAUAGCGACGAGGGGACGGUCGUUCAGAGCAGGUACAAGGACACCCUUGUAGAUGAUUUGCUGACCGAUGAAGAAGAGCUUUGAAGGCAUCCUGGCCUGCGGUUGAGUGUGGUAUAGCGAAAGCCUGUACAUAUGAUGAUAUAUCUUUGAUUUUGUGUUUUCCUUGGUCUGGUUCACGACGUCGACGACGGAUGGACGGGUUGGUCUGAAUGAAUUGGGAGGAUCGGAUGUCCGUGUCACGGAAAGUCUAAUGGCACAAUGAAAUAAUACCUCCGAAGCUCAAGGGGGCUGAAGUGCCCGCCAUAAAAGUGACAACACCAAGCCAUACCGGUCCUUUUUGUGGCCCACCCUCUUGGGCCCUCGCUUCCAACCCGCAAUGCCAA